AUGAGGGAGAGGGAAACAAGUGUGCGAAUAAGACUUAAGAGGAUGAGGAUGGAAGGAAUGUCCAUUGAAUUAAAGAUCAAGUGUGAAGAAAGCACAUACCCCCCCCCUGGCCACACUGCCGCCACACUGCCUUGGCCACACUCUCCCCCCAUACCCACGCCCUUCCCUCCCCCCCACCCAAUGGCCACACUCUCCCCCAUACCCACGCCCUUCCCUCCCCCCCACCCAAUGGCCACACUCUCCCCCCAUACCCACGCCCUUCCCUCCCUGGCCACGCCCAAUGGGGACGCCCCUCUCACGCCCCUGUCUCCCCCGCAGGUGAUCGGCAUCUUCUGCAUGGCCUGCGCCGCCCCGGCCUGGACGAACGGCACACACUGGUUCCUCUUCGUCGUCGUCACAGCCUUCGUGUCGACGGCCCUGUGGUGUUUCAUCUACCUUCUGAACCUGAAGAGCGCCAUCAACCUCCCCAUCGACUGGCUCCUCACUGAGCUGCUCAACACCGCCAUUACCACUCUGCUCUAUCUCAUUGCUGUCAUUGUGCAGUUCUGCAGUAUCCAACAGUUCCCUGGGAGAAACAUCGCAGGCGGGAUCUUCGGCAUCUUCAACCUGAUCGCCUACGCCAUCGGCUCCUUCUACCUCUACCGCGACUGGAAGGACUCCCACCCCCACUCCUCCUUCUCUGGCUCCGUCCUCAAGCGCAACCCUUAGAGCUCGAGAGGCGGAGGAAUUAGGACAACAAAAUGAGUGGAAGGACAUGUGUGUGCAUGGCUGUGGAUCCUGAUUUGACGAGCCAGUGACGAGGGCGACGUGUGACCCCGCCCGCCAUGCAGGACUCGGCUCUGCAUGCGUCGGUGGCCCAGCUCAUAUCCAUCUUUAAGAACACUGUCUGUUAACCAUCCAUUGUAGGAAAUGAAGAUCACGAAGGAGAUCGGGACAUUGCAUAUAUGGAAUUUUUAGAGGAAACACUUCAGUGGAGUAUAAAUUGUUAUAGUCUGUGGGAAAAAAAUGUUACAAAAAGUUUUUAUAUCAGUGCAAAAAAAGCCCUUAGCCUCAGUAGCAUCAAAGUCGUUUUUUUUCUUCAAAAGCUCAAAGCCUCGAAGCUCCACUGAGGCGCCCGAACAGCUCAAAGGGAAGGCCUCCACGAAAGGCGUUCGUGGGGCGCGACCCGAGUGCUUUCCACUGUGAAUCAGAAUGACGUGUAACCCUUUGCCUUGCCCAUCCUCAGUACAAGCUCAUCUCUGUGGAAUUCCCCGUACAUAUUUUUAUUUCAUCUGUAGAAAAUGCUUUUUUCGUCCUGUAUGUCUCGCUUUUCCAUAAAAUGAAACGAAAGAAGCACUAGUCGACGUAAACGAGGAAUGCGCCCGGUAAUUUUUGGUUAUGAGACGCUAUCCGUGACAGCUUGGUAUGAGCAGAUCCUUUUUUAGCAGAAGAGAAUUUAUAUCAUCUGAAGAAUGAAUAUAAAAUGAAUUAAAAAAUGUAAAAAAAAGUUCCCAUCAACACACCUGUACAUUAUAGGUGUCUAUGAAAUAUUUUUUGUUUUGUUUUAAUAGGGGACAUGUUUAAUAGAACUAACUUUUAGUUUAGUAGUCAAAGUUUAUUAUUGUGACCUGUUUACUUAUGCUUUAAUGUAUAGUUUACUGUGUAAUUUAAUAUAUUUCUCUAAAAAAGAAACACUCACAGUCUAGCACAUUAUCAAUAUUAUGGUAUAUCCAUAGUAAAAUUUGAAAAAAAAACUUACUUAUACAAAUAUUCAGAUCAUAUCUUUAAUAUCAUAAGACUUUACAGUAUGUUUAAUUACUAACCAUAUAAUGUACAUUGACUCUCUCCAAGUUUAAGAUCAAGUAUACUAGUAACAAAGCUUUUCUUCAAUAUCACAGCAAUAUCUAGUACUAGGGAGCCUGGUAUUUAAGAUGUGGAAUAUGAUUUUAGAACUUGGUGUAGAUAUAACGAAUCUAAUUGGUGUAGAAAAGAAAAACUUGAAUACUGAAUGGAAGAAA